AUGGCAGAUCAAUCCACGAAUCCUCUCAUUUCAACGGCGCGGGCGUCCGACACUAGCCCCACCAUACAGCUCCAUCCGCUGGUGCUCCUCACAAUAUCAGACUGCAUAACCAGGCAUACACUUCGAAAACUGCCUGGUCCCGUCGUAGGGGCAAUAAUUGGCCAACAAAAUGGUCAAGAUAUCACCAUGGAAGUGGCGUUCCAGGCCAAGCUACAGACCAAUGCUGAGGGCGAUAUUGAGGUGGAUGACGAGUGGUUUAAGAAGCGGCUCGAUGAGUUCAAGAUUGUGCACAAGCAACCUCAACUCGACCUUGUUGGAUGGUUCACAUUAGGUCCUAGCUCCGGCCCGCAACCAUACCUCCUACCCAUUCACAAUUACAUAUCACAAAUUAAUGAAGCACCGAUUCUUGUUCUUUUCCAUGCGGAAGAUGCCUCCUCAGAAGCCACGGCUGCCGGGAAGCUACCUCUCACCCUUUACGAAUCAGUCUUUGAGAGCGCGGCUGGAGGUCCCAAUGACAAAGCUAUGGACAUCGACGGUGCAGUCCAAGCAAAAGCUGUCAAGUUCAGAGAACUUGUAUACUCCAUUGAGACGGGUGAGGCGGAGAUGAUCGGCGUAGACUUCGUCGCAAGAGGAGGUGGCAAUGCUACGGCGGUUGAGGGAGGUUCAGACGGCGCAACGAAAGCCGAAACCAAGGCGGCCGAAGAGGAUAAAAGCAAGAAAGGAAAGGGCAAGCAGAAAGAGAAGCUCAAAGAAGAGGCAAUAGACGAGGCAAAUGUUCUGACCGCCGAAGAUGAAGAAGUACUAUCAACCCUCACCGCAAAGAUGAACGCCAUCCGAAUGCUGAGCCGACGAAUCUCCCUCCUCCGCGCAUACCUCGCCUCCCUACCCCCAUCCUACCUCUCCGACCCUUCAAAACCCUUCAAUCCCACCCCAGACGCCGAGCACCCCCUCCCACUCAACCACACCAUCCUCCGCAGCAUAUCCGCCACCCUAUCCCGCAUCAACAUCCUCUCGCCCCCGGACACCGAAGCCUUCACCCUUGAAUCCCAGCAGGAAGCCUCGGACGUGCAACUCGUGGCCCUACUAUCCGCAAUCACGAACUCGACGUCCUCGGCCAGGGAGCUCGGCAAGAAGAGCUACAUCGUGGAGCACACCAAGUCGCAGAACCGCAGGGCCAGCGGGUGGCCCGGCGGCGAUGGCAGCUACCUGGACCCGAUGAUCGGAGGCGGACCCGGCGGCGCUUUGGGGCUCGGUGGUGGAAGGCAGAUGGGAGGAGGCGGGUACGACAGGCUCUAG